GGGAAACAUCGCACGGUAGAACAUCGAGGUGCAUACCGCCGGAACCACAACGCCAGGCAAGUUAGCCAACACCAUCCAACAGGGAAGAGAGCAUGGCCCUGCUAAAUUUAUUCAUCUGCCUGUUCGUGAUAUUCAUUUUGAGAGAAAACCUGGCUGAAGGAGGAGGCGCCUUCCGACGAGAGAGUAUCACAUUCACCGGAGCCGCCGCGACCACCGCUUUGGCGACCUCGGAGUUGACAUGUGCGGUCAAAUGUGAAGCGGCAGCGUCGGGUCUCUGUAAAGGGUUCACGCACCACACGAACGGUACUUGUGAGCUGUACAACACGGCAGCGACACUGCUACCAGGAGGAGCUAACGCGGGAAUGCGAAGCUUCCGAAAAAUACAUCUGGCUGCAGAUGGCUCUACGGUGUCUUGCGCCUGUCCGGGUGACUUCAGCCGCUGUGCCGGCCGCUGUCUGAUCCGACCCCCUCAGGAGCUCGGUUUUACCGAAGCUAAAGCCGCCUGCGUCUCGCUGGGCGCCCACCUGGCCGUGCCCCGCUCUGCAGAGGAGAACCAGUGCGUUCUGACCAUGGCGGCUGGAGUUGACGCCUGGAUCGGACUGUCAGAGCAUGGCGAGGACGGAGUGUUCGUGGCAGAGGACGGAGGAGAGCCCAUGACGACCGUGGACAUCCCUUUCUGGGGUGCCGGGGAGCCCAACUCUGCUAUCACUUACAACUGCGUGCAGAUCUGGUCUGUGAGUAAGGGCUGGGACGACACUUCCUGCAGUGAGCAGAAGGCAUUUAUUUGUCAGCUCCAGGCCUAGAACAAAGCCGAGUGUCACCGAGCCUCAUUGUGGCGUCACAAACUGGAUUAUUGCGACGCCACACAAUUUUCCGCUAUAACGUCAAAAGCACACUGAAAAAUCAUUGAAAUUAAUAAAAAAACAUCACCGCAGACCUCGAUCUCAGCAGCUCGUAACGGUGCCGGCUACGCUUAUCUUGCAAGGUUCGCUGAUGACGACAUGAAUACGAGUACGUGGUUCCACUCAUGAUUGAUCAGUUUAGCUGAACGUUUUUUUUUUUUUUUUGCUUAAUAAAUGUUAAUUCUACA